GAUAAAGAGAUCAAAACGCGUGUCUUCUGCAUUUCCCUUGCCGGCAAAAUUCAAUGGAAAUCUGAGUGGCACUUGUGUUAGUGUAGCAGUUGGGGAGCAUUUACUGGAAUAUUUGACUUCGAUGUCAGUGCAAGAUGUCUAAAAGGAGGUUAGAUGUCGAUGGAAGCUCAUCCAACUCGUUAACCACCGCGAAAAGGAUAAAGGAAGAGUUGAGGUAGGCUGUGAUUCACAUGCGAAGGGCAGAUUUUCAUUUUUGAAUAAUCGCCGAUCUUAAUCAAUCAGCAGCUGUUUUUGGAACAGAAACUAAAGUUAAUUUGUGUCUUCGAUCACAAUCUUUCCUCGGGAAAGCGUUGCUCUGGAUAUAUUUGUAUCGAAGUGUAUCUGAUUUAAAUGUGGCCGAUUAGAUGUGCAAUUUUUUUUCGAACCUACACUGCCGAAUUAUGCUGAUAAUUAAAGAAGACGGUAUUUCCAAUAUCGCGAAAUCAUCAUUUAUUUCGCAGAAUCCUCCCUUAUGUUACAUAAAUAUGUAGGGCUAUAAAAGAUACCACACAUAUCCUUAAAGUGUUGUUUCAAUUUUGGACCAAAUUGAUUACUAUUCGAGCAAGAGAGCACUUAAAAACAUUGACUUCUCUCUCUCUUUGUUACCCCAGUCUGAAACUCACGUUAGGUCGCUUAAAUUCAUACGUCGUGGCUUUCAUGAUAUACACUGGAUGAAUUUCUUUGUGCUAAAAUGAAACAAAAUAUAUAAAAGAUAAAAACAAAAAAUUUAAAAACAUUCACCAGAAAAGAAAUUUCUUACAGUCAAAAAGUCACAAGGUACUUCCUCUAAUUCAGGUGAUAGUUAAGUAAGACUCGAGAUUAAAGUAUUCUCCAGGCGUUUUUUGCCUGCCUUUGAUGAAUCAUCAUGUUUGUGUAACACAAACUUGUGAGUUGCUGCCACUGCAUUCAUCUCCUUCUGCCCUUUUGUAAGUGUUGUGUCGAUUUACUCAGGCUUCCGCUGUUUGUGAGUAUGAUGUUACUCACUGUAAUGUUUAGAUUUAGUAUCCUCGUUCCUGUAAGUGCCCCCUCUAAUAAAUGCGCCCCCUCUAAAUGUGUUUUUGUACAUGUUAAUAAGCACCCCUUUUCUAUUAAGUGCCCCUUUUGAGUAAACACUGUUAUUCCAACAAGCGUCACUACUCUGUUACAUUGAUAGCAUUGUCAGAGUAUAUGUCUACUGAGAUCAACUAUGGUCGAUCUUCUUUUAACUUGCUUGCUUAAAGCCUCAUUACAAAAACAGUGGUCUUCAUCAUGGUCUCUCAGCUAUUAUGUCUACAUGAUUGCACAGGGCCUUCAUACGAAUGAUCUUGUCUCUAAAUUUUGUAUCACUUGUCUGGCUUGUUGUUCCAGCUGGGAGGGAUCUUUGGACAACAAGUCUGUUUUCCAUUUUCUCUGAUACAUUUUGAAUGAACAUGAAUGUUUUUUUUUGCAUAUUCAGCUGUUCCUUGAAAAAGAAAUAAGCACCCAGUCCCUGAUAAGCACUCUGUACCAACAGUGAAUAAGUGCCCUUGGGUACUAAAUCAAAUCAUUACAGUGGAUAGAUGUCACUCUUUGGGUUGUCAUGGUUACCUGCUACACUUGGUAGCCUGCACCAACCUGUCAGUCACCUUUCCCUCCCCCCUACGCACUGUAUUUAUUUUUGAUGAUUCUAAUCAGAACUCUCUGUGACCUCAUUCUAAGAAGUAUAUAUAUCCAACUCCUGGUUUACAUUUCUCUCUUUUCUGUUGGUAGUAAUCCUAGUAAUCUUCGCGGAAAGAUCAAUCCUUUCAAUGGGAAGCUAUUCUCAGAUAGAUAUUUUGACAUUCUUAAGAAGAGAAUUGAGCUUCCAGUAUGGGAGUACAGGGAAAAAUUUAUGGAGACUAUGAAAGAAAAACAAGCUUUUGUCCUGGUUGGAGAGACUGGAUCUGGUAAAACAACCCAGGUAAUACUCAGCUGUAUAAUUUGGUAUUAUCAACUCAGGUGAUAAGGUAAAUUGGCCUCCAUAAAGACUUUCAAGCUGAUGUUUUGAGCAUUAGCCCUUUGUCAGAGGGAAGGACAAAGGGCUAACACUCAAAACAUCAGCUCUGAAACUCUUUACAGUGGCCAGUUUACCUUAUCACCUCAGUUGAUAAUACUAAUUAACUUUUUGUACUCCCCUAGCUGCACAGCACCACAGUUUCUUUUGGAAACUAACCCUGUUUAUUCAUCAAUACUUAGCGGUAUUUAGCUGUGAAGAAGGGCUAAUGCUCAAGUUAUCAGCUUUAGAAACUGUUUAUGGAAGCUAUUUGAAAUAACUCAGUUGAUGAGACCAAAUUAUCUUAGUAGUUAUUGGAAGUUGAGCUUUAGUACCCUCCUUAUCAUAUUUACAUCCAAGACCAGUUAUGCCUAAUCUGUGUAGUAAGGUCAUUAAACUGAGAUUGAUUUUCAAGCUGAAAUGAAGCAGAAAAGACAGAAGAAUUCAAUUUUAUUAUGUUGGUGAUUGCAUUGCAUUAAAUGUAGUUUAAGGUGAAAGAAGACAAACUUUUGAUGAACUUUUUUUAUUUUUGUAGAUUCCACAGUGGUGUCUUGAAACUCGUAUUGACAAACGCAAAUGUGUGGCAUGUACCCAGCCACGGAGGGUUGCUGCCAUGAGUGUCGCUCAACGUGUUGCUGACGAAUUGGAUGUCACCAUAGGUCAAGAGGUUGGGUACACCAUUCGAUUUGAAGAUUGCACAAGUCCUCGCACUAUAUUGAAGUAAGAGAAAAAGUCAAUUUCAUCUUCAACCCUUAAACUUCCAACAUCUGAUUAUUGAUUCUCCCUUCUAACUGCUACACAUUUCCUGGUGAAUGGUUAUGAGAAUUUGGUGUUAGAUCAAAAUAAUAACUUCUACCUGAUGAGUUUGAGUAUUCUUGUUACCUGUUUGCUGGGUAAUGUAUGGAUAUUAAAGGGAGAAGUUGUGUGUUAAUCAGAUAGAGGGUUAAAAACUGUACAGGAAGAAAGAAGAUGUGGGAAAAUGCAAAGGUAUCAGUUAGGCUGGUACAGAUGCCUGAAGAAAUGAGAUAAUAAUUUCUUAAUGUAAUUUAAAGCUUGUUUUAAUUUGUCUACAGGUACAUGACAGAUGGUAUGUUGUUGCGGGAAGCUAUGACUGAUCCUUUACUGGACCGUUAUGCAGUCAUUCUUCUUGAUGAGGCUCACGAGAGAACUCUUGCUACUGAUAUCCUCAUGGGUCUACUGAAAGAGGUAUGCACGCACCUGGAGAUUUUGUAUUUCUUCCAACAAGAGCUAGGUGACAUAGCAUUGGUUUCAUACACUGCUACUUUGUAGGCAUCAUUUUUAUCAGAUCUGCGACCUCUUCUGUACUUGCAUUACCCUGGUAGAUCUAUUUUAAGUUACACUGUACCAGUUUCCAUAAUGCUCUUCCAUUGCACCUUAAGUGAGAACUAGAGCAUGUUCAUCAGGGGGUGUUAGCCAUUGUCUUUACAGUUAUAGAAUACUCUGUUGCCCUAGACUAAGGUGGCUUUCUUACAUCAGCUAAUUAAGAUGAAGAUUGUUGUAUGAAGACAUCUGACUGAUAAGGAUAGCCGCCUUCAAAAUCUUUUUUCCACAGCACAUAAAUCAGUGUACUCACCCAGAUGCAAUAGGCUUUUCUCAGUCUUAAAAUGGAAAACAGACUGUAUUAGAAACACAUUUUAAUGAGCUUGUGUUUAAUUAAAAAAUCAUUUAUAUUAAUGAUCACUUUUAUUACAGUUUUAAAUUUGUAUUACAAAUUUUGGGUGUUGUAUUUAUAUUACGAUGUUAUUAUCCUUAGUACAAAAAAUUAUGUAUAUUUUUUUAGAAUAAGAACUUUAUCAGUAGUAGUAUGUAACUGUAAAUGCACAAUCCAACUUUCUGGCUGCCUAUGUGUUAAUUAGUAAACUAUCCACUCUACUACCACUUCCUUAUGUUACACCUGUAACUGUUUUUCUACAGGUUGUGCGACAGAGACAUGACCUUAAGAUCAUAAUCAUGAGUGCCACCUUAGAUGCUGGGAAAUUUCAGGAAUACUUUGAUGAGUGUCCACUUAUGACAAUCCCUGGACGAACUCAUCCUGUGGAGAUUUUUUACACUCCUGAACCUGAACGAGACUACCUGGAGGCAGCUAUUAGAACAGUGGUACAGAUACACAUGUGUGAGGAAGUAGAGGGCGACAUUUUGUUGUUUCUUACUGGGCAAGAGGUGUGUUCAAAGUUCUAGAUGUUCUGUUGUGUUUAAAUGGUAUAUUUUAUCAUUAUAGAUAUAUGAAAUUUAACAUAGUUAAUGACUAGGAGUUAGUGUGGUUAGUAGCAUGGAUCCUGUCUUGUUUGUUAGCAUUCGUGCAGCAUUUGUUGCAUUCUGUGGCAUUUUGCAGCAGUACUGUGGUUGUUACAGCCCUCGGACUCCUUGAGCACCUAGCCUCCAUUCGCAAUGUGGGUGUUAUUAACACUCAAACCCCUAAGAGUGAUAGGCAUCUAAUUUCUCCCAACAUUAUCACCCCUGAAUCAAACAUUAAGGACACAAGAAUAAAAAAAAGUGAUCACCAACUAAAGAACCUUUUGAUUGUUAAACUAGUUCUCUUUAUAAAUCUAAUCAGCACCUUAGGAGAUAUAAUAGAGAACAGUAUGAAGAAUAUGCAUGCUGAUGUUCGGGUGUAAAGCAUUCAAGUUGUGCAUAUUGCAAAGCCUCUAGUGCAUUUACUGUCAAUAUUCUUCAAUGAUGAUGACCCUAGAGUAUUAUUAAUUAACAUGGGGCCUGAAAUGAAAAAGGAAUCCUCAUUCGACUUCUGGUGCUUACAUUGUAUGUGGCAAAAAAGGAUGGCCAGUAGUAAAUUCUUUGUUUGCCCAUUUAUAAAUGACGAGACCUUAAAUAGCCAUUUGACCUAAUGAUACAAGAGCAUUCAUUCCUGGAAAGAUUUUGUAACAAAUGCAAGUUAGUUAUUAAUUUCUAACAAAUUUUUCUAUGUGUUACACCAAGUUUAACCAAGUUGAAAGUACUCUUUCAACAUUAUACUGUUUUCUUUCCAUUCAGGAAAUAGAAGAAGCAUGUAAGAGACUGAAGAAAGAAAUUGAUAACUUGGGACCUGAAGUAGGCGAGCUACGCUGCAUCCCACUGUACUCAACUCUUCCUCCACAGCAGCAGCAGCGUAUCUUUGAUGCUCCUCCAGCCAAACGCCCCAAUGGUGCCAUUGGGCGCAAGUGUGUGGUGUCCACCAACAUAGCUGAAACAUCCCUCACCAUUGAUGGUGUGGUGUUUGUAAUAGAUCCUGGAUUUUCCAAACAGAAGGUCUGUCUUAUUCCAGAAUUUAUCACUGUCUACUUUGUACAAAGUGUUUUACUGUUUUUCUUGUCUUUUAAUCAGCACAAGACAAAGAAAACCUCCUGAGUUCCCCAGACAAAUCGAACCUUAGACCUUAAGUGCUCAGGUGCAAUUCUUCAUGGGAACUCAGAGUUUUUUCUAUGUUCCAUGUUUAAUAUGUGACAAGAUGAAAAAAUAUCUCUUUCUUUACCAAGCUCAAAAAUAUAAUUCUAGUUUAUUGUUACAUGCUAAGGUUGACUGAGUGUAAAGUCAUUUUUAUCUGGUUUUUUAUAAUAGGUGUACAAUCCCCGUAUCCGUGUAGAGUCACUGUUAGUUUCUGCUAUAUCUAAAGCCAGUUCACAGCAGAGAGCUGGCCGUGCAGGUCGUACACGUCCUGGCAAGUGUUUCAGGUUGUACACAGAAAAAGCUUAUCAGACUGAGAUGCAAGACAAUACAUACCCUGAAAUCCUGAGGUCCAACCUCGGUACUGUGGUGCUACAGCUGAAGAAGUUGGGCAUUGACGACUUGGUGCAUUUUGACUUUAUGGAUCCUCCUGGUAGGUUAAGCCUUUCACCAUUUGUAAUUUGCUUCACAAUUCUCAUGAUGAUAUUGUGGAGAAUUAAGUAUUGGAUCAACUAAUAAUCCCUUAAUUUAUAUUUUUCUUUAUUUUCAUCUCUUGUCUGCUUGAUAUUGUAUUGAUUUUUGUAAGAAGAAAUUCUGUUAUUAGUAAUUCUCCUUACUGUCUGAAUAUUAUUCUGGUGAUGUUAGUUCAGAGAAUUUGAUACUGAAUCUACUAAUAAUCCCCCAAUUGAUAUUGUUCUCUAUUCUCAAUUCUGGUCUACUUGAUGUUGUAUUGAUAUUGUAUUGAUAUUGUAAAAAGAAAUUCUGUCUUGGUCACUCAUGGGAGUUAAAGGGUUGAGGGCUUGCUAGCAAGCUGAUGUAUAAGCCCUUGAUUUGUGAUGAUUCCCAGAAGAUUCUUUUCUGAAGGAAUGGAAUGAAGUCUUCCAAGCGAAAGUUUAUGUACAAACCAGACAAAGAGGGCUAACAUUUUAUUCUCUUUGUUUUCAAUUUGCUAGCACCAGAAACCCUGAUGAGAGCCCUUGAACUGCUGAACUAUCUUGGUGCCCUGGACGACAAUGGAGACCUCACAUCACUGGGUUCCAUGAUGGCAGAGUUUCCACUUGACCCUCAACUUGCCAAGAUGGUGAUUGCCAGCUGUGACCAUAACUGUUCUAAUGAAAUUCUCUCUAUUACUGCUAUGUUAUCAGGUACACUCUAUGUCUAUAUCAAGUGAACCCGUUGAGUGAAAAAUACCUUUUGAUGUUAUUGUUUUAUAGUUAACUGGAAUUUAGCAUAGUUAAGAACUAGAAGCAAAUAUGAUCAGUAGUGUUUUCAGGCAUUUGGUUCGCAUUUUCACUGGCUGUUAGCAUUCAAGCAGCAUUUGUUGUGUUCUGUGGCGUUUGCAGCAGUACUGUGGUUUUUGGGGCUCUGGGGCUGUCCUCUUCUAGCAGUAUACCUUAUCAGUGCAUGUGUUUUUCUGUCAUUAGCUUGUGUUGUGUUUGUUGUUCUACACCAUGGCAUCAUUGUCCUUAAAGAUAGCAGUUCUUUGCGUUUCCUUCCCCCCAACUCUAACUGUAGGGUUUCUAGUGUGGGGUUUAUUUCGUAUUAUUUGUUUUAUUUAUUGAUUAAUUUAUUUAUUCAUGUUUUCCUCCAUUGAGCCAUCUGGCUCUUGUGUGAUAAUGCUCAUAGAGGGUAGGGGGCUUGGCGGGGGGGCUCAUGGCUGGACUGCGGGUUAGGCAAGCCAGUCAGGUGUUCUAGCUCCUUGGUGUACAACUGUGGUUGCAGACCCCAGGCCCUCAAGCACCUCAUUUCCAUUUACCAUGUGGACAUUAAAUUUUAAUUUAACAGUGACCAUGCCCCUGUCCAUUAGUUCCUCAGGUGUUUAUGAGACCAAAUGAAGCUAAAAAGGCAGCUGAUGAGGCUAAGAUGAAGUUUGCUCACAUUGAUGGAGACCAUCUGACCUUGCUGAAUGUUUACCAUGCAUACAAACAGAGUGAGUAUUACAACCUGAUCCUAAUGUUAAGUUUUCUGAUGUUAAUAUUUGUACAUUGUAAACUAAAUACCUCUUACUAACCCUUUAACUCCCAUGAGUGACCAACACAGAAUUUCUCCUUACUAUAUCUCUACAAUAUCAUGCAGACAAGUGAUGAGAAUAAAGAAAAGCCUCAAUUAUGAGAUUACUAAUUGAUCUAAUACCAAAUUCUCCAAACUAACAUAAUGAGAAUCAUUUGGCAGACAGUAAGGAGAAACACCAAUGAGAUCUUGGGAGUUAAAGGACUAGCCAAAGUUUUAGGUCUGUACUUUAAGUUAUGGACCAAGUUUUUCUUGCUUGGAUUUAUGGCCCAGUGGAAGCAUGCAGGCCAUUAAACCAAGCAGGAAAAAACUAGGUUCUGUAACUUACUGUACCAACUAGGAAAACAAUGUUAGGAAGAUAUUUAUUUUAUCCCUGGGUUUAAAUAGAAGGGAAAGAUUUCAAUUCAAGCAAACUUUUGCAGUCAAUGGCAGGCUAACAGGUAUUAUUGCAUUUAGAUUGUAGCUCUAUGUUUGGGUUUUAGUGCAGAUGUUGCAGCAGUUGUCUUUCAGCAGUCUCCAGGGGUUUUGUGGCAGUUGUGUUCAAAUGUUUCCCUUCCCUCUUUUUAUUUUCCAUCCACUGAUCUCAUCAGAGUUUACUAGGAUACAGAGAAGGGGCUCAUGACCAGGUUGUGAGAUUUGUCAGCCAUGGGAAAGAUUCAUGUAUGCUGUCUGGGGGCUGGCUUGACAUAGUCAAAGCCUAAAGAUGCACCAGGCACCCAACUUUCACUCAAUCAGGCAAUGGGUUGAAAAUAAAAUCGGCAUGCAUGUUCUCCUUACAUCUCUCAAGGUGCUAAAAAGGAAAAUUUGUUUAACAAACAAGAGCUUCUUUACUUGGCAAUAAUUACCUGUAUUCUUGUGAGGGUAAUGUGUGAUUCAGGGGUAAUUUUGUAAGGAGUAGUCACUCUUAGGGGUCAAAUUGUUAAAUCACACUUUUUUUAAUCUUUAUUUGCAGAUCAUGAAGAUACUCAGUGGUGUUACGAUAACUUCAUCCAGCAUCGUUCUCUCAAAUCGGCUGACAAUGUGAGACAGCAACUUACCAGGAUCAUGGACAGGUUCAAUCUUGGACGACGUAGCACUGACUUCAACAGUCGUGAUUAUUAUGUAAACAUCAGGAAGGCACUGGUGACAGGAUUUUUUAUGCAGGUACUGUACAAAUUUCCAGACCUUAAUUAAAAUGGCUUCAACUUUUAAACUGGUUUUUUAAUUGGAAGUCACUUGUCCAUGACAAAAUCCUAGAAGCAAGCUGUGUUGGAAGUCCUUUUAAUAAGGUCUGUUCUAUAGAUGUGCAUCAUUAUUUCGAAGUAUUCUUUGAAGGGGAAUCAGCCAAAGAAAUAAUUUUGAGAAUGAAAAAGUUUGGCCAAAAGUGGUCCAAGAAAUACUUAAGAGUAAGACCAUGGAUUGUGGCAAUACUUAUUUUUAGUCUUGCUCCGUUUACAUUCCACUUACCUUUGCUAGCCAUCCUCAGAAAUAUCAUUUGUGUCAGAGUAGUAACGUAAAGUACAUCCAUUCAAUUAUUUUAUGCACAGUUUGGUAAAAACUCAGUCAUUAUUUACAAUCAAACCAGCCUGACCAUCAUCAGGAAAUGAAAUUGAUAAACUUCUAUCACAUUUAUACUGACCCAAAAUUGUAACUUGUGUAAGUUUAGGGUAAGGACACCAGUUAGGGGAACAUGGACCUUUUUUUAGUUCAGUCAAGUUUCUAAAAAUCAUUUAUGUUUGAAAAAAUUCAGCUUCAAUUUGAGCAGUGUAUUAUUAUUGUUUGGCUACAAACAUGCACUCUGUUAGUAUCUUGCAACCAGACAAGGCACAAAAAUGUGUACAAAUAUUGUGAGCAAAAAAUUUCCCGUCAAAAUGAAGUGUGGUUAAAAAAUGGCAUUUGUUCCCCAAACUGAUUCAGUAAUCUUAUUUGAAGUACUUCAGAUACUGACCAUUAAAUCUGUGAAUCCUACCUACCCACCCAUCCCUCCCACUUAACUGUUCUGAUGAGUAGGUGGCUCAUUUGGAGAGGUCUGGACACUACCUGACUGUCAAAGACAACCAGGUGAGAUAUUAAGUAAAGGAAAUCAGUAAAUUUUACUGAUUCCCUUUACUUAGAGCAGGAUAUUACUGUGUCUUGAGUUGUUACAUUAAUAACAGAACACUGAUAAAGUUUUGUUUUUAUAUGUCACAAAAAUCCCAGGCAAUCAACAAUUUCACUGUUUACCUACAGUCCAAGAUUUUGCUGAUAUAUUAGGAGAUUGAUUGAUGUCUUUGUCAGAUUCUUCUGCACACCGUUUUUCUUUGUGAUUAGGGGGUACUGUAGCUAAGCACCUAAGUGACUGGUAACAAGCUAAACUAUCCCAGACAUUCCUGACAUUGAAAUAUUGGGUGAAUGAUUGCCAAACCUACAUAUUUGGAGCAGAUUUCUCCACUUGAAAGGAGAACCCUCGAAAAUGUGCCCCACUCCAAACAUGAGGCUUGGUAGCUCAGUUGGUUGUAGGCGCCCAACCAGUACCAAGGAGGCCUGGGUUCAAAUCCAGGUAAAGCCUGAUUUUUUUUCAGGCUUCUUUUCAGCAAUGACUGAAAUUACAGAUCACCUGCAAGGACCAAUGGUGUAUUUGAAUUUCAUCUGCAGGUUAACUGAAUUUAUUUGACUAAAAAUUAUUAUUAUUCAACCACUAGGUUGUACAACUACAUCCAUCAACUUGUUUGGAUCACAAGCCAGAGUGGGUGUUAUAUAAUGAGUUUGUAUUGACCACCAAGAACUACAUUCGGACCUGUACAGACAUAAAGGCUGACUGGUAAGUUUCAUGAUACCCAAGACUUUCCGGAGUGUAUUUCUUGGGGUGUUUACUUUAUAACCCAUUAUGAUUGAUCUCUUGAAUGUUGUCACCUGUGCAACCAAUUACAAAACAAAUUCAACUGAAUCCUAGUCAACUGCUAUUUCCAACACUUGACGAUGUUACUUUAUUUUCAAUAAGUUCUAUUACAUAUUGUGUGAUCUACAGCAAUAUGGAAUCUAUGUUUUGUAUAAUAGAAAUGAAAAAACUUUCAAUUAUGUCACCUAUGUGUCUGUCCUUCAAUAAAUCAAUCGUAAUUCAGUUUAUUACAUGAACAAGCCAGACAUGACAUUAUUGCCAUGCGCUUGAGACAAGAGUGCAUCAGGACAGUGGCUAGAAUCAAUUACGCCUAUAACACUUUAGAGACCUUUUGGGAACUUCUUCAGGACAAUCUAGUUACCUCUUGAACAACUUCUUCUGAGAUGUUUUAGGAAAGCUUGGUACUUGAUUUUUUUGCAGGUUGGUGAAGAUUGCACCCCAGUACUAUGACAUGAGGAACUUCCCGAUGUGUGAAGCCAAGCGAGUAUUGGAGAGGAUUAUAGAGAGGUUACAGAAGAACAGAUAAAACGGCAACAAUGAACCAUGAACCAAAAAGAAAUGUGAAGGAAGAACUUUGCAAAUGCAAUUAUACCACCAUCUGUAACUGGUUGCUUUCUGACAAAAAGUAAAACUGGUUUUGCUCCGUUUGCUCCCUGAGAUGUUUUCCCAGAAGCUUUUUUUUUUUUUGUUAUUGACAUAGAAACAUUAAUAUGUAAGCAAAGAACCAUAGGCCAUUUAAGCAUGUUAAAUAGUAUGCUGCUCCACAAAUCUGUUAGUUGCUGAUUUGACACUUGUUGUUGUACAUAGCUUUCAAUUACUAUCAAUGUCUUUGUUCUAUUAACUUUGUACCUCCAGAGAUUGUGGUUCGAAUUCUGCCACAAAUACUCUUGUAAAGCAGUAAUUAAAAGUGACUUCACCCUUAAUUUAAGGUAUUCCUUUUACCAGUUUGCUGGUUACUAUAGAGAUAAUGUGCUAAACAGAAGUUGCAUAUUCAUUACCCUCUGGAAUUCAAGGGGGAAGUAACCAGCAUGCAAGAUAAAUGGUACAUUCUACAAACUGGCUUGAUUUCUGAUCCUUUGCAAAACUUAGCUAUCUGUAGCAGAAUAAGAAAAUUGCUUAAUAAAAUCUAAGGAACCCAAUUUCAUUUUGUUCAAGAUUGUUAUUUUCCACUACUCAAAAGUAAGAGGAGGACUUUUUUUUUCUUCUUUU